GUUGUCGACGGCGAACACGAUGGAAGACGAAGUGCAGCGCAUAGUCGGCAAGCUGUUCCUGCAUCCGUCGCCAGUCGCGGUGCGCGUGAACGACAUGGACGUGGGUGUUCUAUCGCGGGUGUUCCAUGUCACCGUGGAGUUUGACUCUCCCGAGCCGCCGCGUCACUUGGUGGUCAAGUGUCCUCGGCCAGAAUUUCCAUUCGUCCACAGCAUGUUCGAAGUUGAAAAGGCAUUCUACACGGCCACCAAGCACGACGCGAUUCCGUUCCUGCUACCGCCAUUUCUGCACGCGUCAACGGACAUCGUCGUGCUCGACAAGGUGGACAACAUUGAACGGUUCAGUUGCCUCGAUGGGUGUCCAGCCAUCCUUGUGGUUCCCAUCCUUCGCAAGCUCGGAGCAAUGCACGCCGCGCACUGGGGUCAGUCCUUUCCUCAAUUGGCUGCCGUGCCCGGCAUUGGCGCCAGUCUGACCGGUGAAGCCAAACAGACCCAAUUCCCGUCGCUGUUUGGCCCGUUUCUCGCUCAGCUCGACGACCCAGAACUCGCAAACGCCAUGGAGCCAAUUUGCACCUGCCUGUCGCUUGGACAAACCACCUUGUCUAGGAUCCACACCGCCGUCGAAUCAUGGCCACACAAGACUUUAUUGCACGGCGACUUUCACGUGGCCAACAUGCUCUUUGACUGCAAAUCCGAUGACAUUUGGCUCUUGGACUGGGCCACGGCUGGUGCCAGCAACCCCUUGCGUGAUGUCGCGUUCUUUUUCAUCGUUGGAGUGGCCGCGUCGGUGCGGCGCGACGUCGAAACGGCCGCUGUCAACGAGUACGCUCGCAUCGUGACGGAGGCCGUGCCGAAUUUGACACCGGACGACGUGUGGGAAAUGUACCGGCUGUGCCUUGUCAACCAGUUCUUGAUUCUCGUCGUGUACAACCAACUCACCAUGAGUUUGGCCGACCAAGGUUCCUCCGUCGUCAAGCAAGUCAAACUGCGCCAAGGCUUCCUCGAAACCAACCGACGCGCGUGCUGGGCCGUGCUCAGCGCAUGGCCAUUCAUUGCUUGCACCCUUGGCAUCAAUGUCCCGCCCACACGCGACGCUUAA